CUCCAAAGAACAGCAACUUUUCUUUUGAUUGACUAUGCAUUGCAAUUAGAUUACGACAGCAAAUUAUUUUUCUAAAGACCCAAUUUUACACUUUUUUUAAUCUCAUUGACUUCAACGUUCUCUCAAGUCACUCCUCCCUCUUUUCUCCGGACAAAAGAACAGAGGAACAGGGGAGAGAGAGAGAGAGAGAGAGAGAGAGAGAGAGAGAGAAAAAAGACAGAUGAAGACUUCACACUUCAUACAAGAAGCUUGCUUCAAUGGCUGCUGUUCAUCACCAUUCUCAUCUCAUUCAGUAUCUGAGAAACAAGAAGAGCUCGAGUUCUCAGUAAUCACAACAGGAGCUUCUUUACUAACACGAGACGCCAAAUUCACGAGCCAAGAAUCUCUCCCUCGUCUCCGUACAUCUUUCUACGAUCUCAUCACAGCUUUUCCAGAUUACUUGCAGACGAAUCAAGCCGAUCAUCUCCGAUCUACUGAUUACCAAAACCUCUCAUCCUCUCCCCAUGUGUUUGGUCAGCAACAACCUUUGUUCUCUUACUCCCAGUUUCGACGAAUCUCAGAAUCAGAACCCGAUUUGAAUCCUCCUUCUCUACUUACCUUCUCUUGCAAGCAAGUGAGCUCCGGUAAAGAACUGAUAUCAUUCGCGAGCGAAGAAGAAUCUCAGUUUCAGUCAAGGAUGAGGAGAAGACUCACGGGUUUUAUGAAUCUUGAAGAAUCCGAAUAUCACAUGAUUCUAACUCAAGACCGUUCCUCUGCUUUCAAGAUACUAGCAGAACUCUACUCUUUCAAAACCAAUCCUAACCUUCUCACUGUCUACAACUACGAAGACGAAGCAGUUGAAGAAAUGAUCAGAAUCUCAGAGAAAAAGGGUGUAAAGCCCGAAUCAGCCGAGUUUUCAUGGCCGAGCACUGAUAUUAACUCGGAGAAGUUGAAGAGAAGAAUCACGAGAGGGAAGAGAAGAGGAGGCAAAAGAGGGCUCUUUGUGUUUCCGCUUCAAUCUCUAGUCACAGGAGCUUCGUACUCAUACUCAUGGAUGAGUCUAGCUCACGGAAACGAAUGGCAUGUGUUGCUAGAUACCUCUGCUUUAGGGUCUAAAGACAUGGAGACUUUAGGUCUUUCUCUGUUCCAACCAGAUUUCCUCAUCUGUUCUUUUACAGAGUUUUUAGGUCAAGACGAUCCUUCUGGUUUCGGUUGCUUGUUCGUAAAGAAAUCUAGCUCUCCAGCUUUGUCGGAAGAGCCAACAAAUCCGGCGAAUCUCACGGCCGUAAAAGCUGAGCCAGCUCGGGAAUGGAAAACAGAGUAUUCAGAACAAAAUGACGAAACUACCCGUGUGGACCACGAGGACCACAAGGCGGCGUCUACUUCUGGUGGCAAUGAGAUAAUUGAAAUCGAAUCAUCAUCGAAUGAACAAGAUAAUAAAGCAAUGAUUGAGUUUCGAGGAUUGGAUCACGCAGAUUCUUUGGGACUAAUACUAAUCAGUAGAAGGUCAAAGUCGUUGACUUUAUGGCUUAUACGAGCUUUGAUGACUCUGCAACAUCCAGGCUCUCAUCAAAAUGAGAUGCCUUUGGUGAAACUCUACGGACCAAAGACGAAACUGAGUCGAGGGUCGUCUAUUUCGUUCAAUAUUUUCGACUGGCAAGGUGAAAAGGUUGAUCCUUCGGUGGUGGAGAGCCUUGCGGAGAGGGAGAAGAUUGGUUUGCGAUGUGCGUAUUUGCACAAGAUUAGGAUUAGGAACAAGAGGAGAAGUGAUGAAGCGAUGAGUUUGAGAUUGUCGGUGGUGAGUGUUAGGUUAGGAGGAUUUAUGACGAAUUUUGAGGAUGUUUUUAAGGUUUGGGAGUUUGUGUCGAGGUUCUUGGAUGCUGAUUUUGUUGAGAAAGAGAAGUGGAGAAAAAAAGCUCUUGAGAAAAAAACCAAUGAUUGAUUAUUGCGUUAAUUUGUGUGAACCGUAUAA